AUUUUUUCUUCUUGAGCAAAAAAAAAUGCUUUUCAUAGCAUAAUCUGCGUGACUGAUUAAACUUUCGCAGGCUAUGCACGCUCAUGGAGAUUCAGCGCCAUAUUGAAUUUCAGGCGGGCAGCCGACAAAAUGGCGAGUGUCUAAUUUUUUCGUAUUUCGUUGAAUUUGUAACAGAAUAAGAUGAGAAUUGAAGAGGCAUCCGAUGUUUUCCGCCAUUUUGACUCUUUGAAGAGCAGCUGAUCCUUUCAAGUCAAAUCGAUAAUUGAGCAAAAUGUCUCUUUGAACAAUUUUUCCCGUCCUUUGUUUUUAAUUACUGUGAAUGUCUCAGCAAUGGCCGAGGUGAGCCAAAAUCCACUUAAAUUCACCCCAGAGAGAUUAAAAUCCAGGGAAUAUGAUGGAAAAUAUAAAUCAUGGCGUCUCGUGAGUCUCCAUCAUCACCCGAGAGCUAGGGAUUACUUCGAGAGUAUCUCGGCGACUAACAAGGAAAAAAGAAGACAAAAAAAACAUAAAAACUGGUGGAUAUUGCAUCCAUACAGCGCAACACGGUUCUGCUGGGAGACCAUCAUGACGUUUAUCUAUGGAAUUUCUUUCUUGAUUAUUCCCUUCAUGACUAGUUUCAUCAUCUUUGAUUACGAUGCUGUCAGACUCGACAAAAUCAGCCUAUUUUUCUACAUUGUUUUCUGGAUUGAUAUUUUCCUGAACUGCGUCACUGGUGUUUACGUGAAGAAAGAAAGAAUAGUUUCUUUCGAUCACAGUGUUAUCCUAGAUAAUUAUUUGAGAAGCUAUUUACUGCUGGACGUGGCAACAUCUGUACCUUAUGAUCAUUUGACACAUCAGUGGAGAACAGUACCGGGUUCUGAGUCCUCUCUACCCACUGUUUUAAUUAAUGUAAUCCCCAUAGCAAAGAUAUUCAGAUAUUUAACGUUUCAUGCUUAUGGUUCUCAAUUGUUUCAAUAUUGCCAAAUAAAAGAUUUUACUCACCGUAUCAUUAGUAUUUUAAUUCUAUCAUUCUACAUUGUCCACUGGUUUGCCUGUUUUUGUUAUCUCACCGCAGUUUUCGUCAUGCACGUGCAGCAGGUCUCCGUAAAGGACUGUUCAUGUUGGCUAGCGAAGUUAACAGAUGAGGGAAUCCCCGUUCGAUUUCAACACGCCCUCUUCAUAGUCCUUCAAAAUUUUGUUGCCAGUGGAUUCGGUGGAAUCGAACCGGAAUUCGAGGGUCAAAUGAUAAUCUGCACUGUUCUAAUGAUCCUGGGAAGAAUUUUCGAGGCAUACGUUAUCAUUAUGUUCCUGCAAAUACAGAACGACAAAAAAGCAGCUCUAUCAAAAUACGAAGAGACGAUGAAUCAAAUAUCAGCUUACACUCGCCAAAAACAAUUACCACCGCACAUGAAAAAACGUCUGGAGGAUUAUUACGCCUAUCGAUUCAGGAACGCUUAUUUCAGAGAGAGAAAAAUAUUGUCGACUUUAUCAAGUCGAUUACGAGAGGAAAUAAUUUUACAUUCAUGCAGAAGACUUGUGGAGAAUGUAAUUCUGUUCAGGGAUUUACCGGAUGAAACCAUAUUGGCAAUCGUUACUUCUCUGAAAUUUGAACUUUACCUGCCAGAUGAUGUGAUCGUUAAAGCCGGUACUCAGGGUGACUGCAUGUAUUUUUUAAAUAACGGAACUGUUGCCGUUUUUACACCCACAGGCCAGGAAGUUUGUCACCUAGAAGAAGGCGCGCAUUUCGGUGAAGUUGCUCUACUUGUUCAAGAUCAAAGACGAGUAGGUACAGUAAUAGCAAUUGAAGUCUGCGAGGUUUACAAGUUGGAACGUCGUGAUUUUCGCAAAUGCAUCGCCGGUCACACGAAAUUAUUUGAGCGAAUCGAGCGUAUUGCCACUCAGAGAAUGGACAGGACAAUUAUGAUCGAAGAACAGCACAAAAGAUUUCCUAUGUACUUGAGAUAAUAAAUAAUUUAUGGAAUUCUCAGAAUGAAGUUUUACCUUCUCGCCAAAGUCCGUGUAAUUCUGUAAUUAUUAUA